AUGCUCUCGCAUAUUGACCGCGUGGAGUUGUACAACUUCAAGAGUUACGCCGGCAAUGUGACAAUCGGGCCCUUGAAGGACUUCACGUGCAUCGUCGGGCCUAAUGGGGCCGGCAAAUCAAACCUUAUGGAUGCGCUGUGCUUCGUGUUGAGUCCCAGUGCCACGACAACGCUGCGCGGGAAGGACGCAACGGACCUCAUCCACCGCGGCGCGCAGCGAAAGGAGUGUGCUGUCACCGCCGUUUUCUGCCACACCACACCGAUAUCGCCAGCAGCAGCAGCAGCAGCAGCAACAGCAACGACAACAGCUGCGGGGCAAGGUCGGGACACUGAGAUCUCCUUCACACGAGCGGUGGACCAACGAGGGAAGAUUACGCAUAAGAUUAACGGCGAGCCCGUGGACGACCGGAAGUAUUUGGCGGCAAUGUCGAAGUUUAAUGUGGGGACUCGGGUGAAUAACUUUUUGGUGUUUCAACACGAGGUGGAGGCGAUCGCUCAGAAAAAGGCACGGGAGCUCACGGAUCUGCUGGAACAAGUCAGUGGGAGUGCAGAACUGAGGGAGGAGUACAAUCGCUGCAAGAAGGCUCAUGAAUUGGCAAACCAGGAGUUGACAACGGCCUCUGCUGAAAAACGUGAUGCGGUGGUGGCUCUUAACCAAAUGCGGCUUCACAAGAAGGAGGCGGAAAAGUACGAAGAAGUUCUUAGGCGCAUUGGUGAGGAGCGGCGUGAUGAGGCGUUGGUGCAGCUGUUUUACGUGGAAUCUAACCUGGAGCGGCAGAAACAGGAGCUUCAUACCUUCACUGAAAAACUCACAGCCCUUGAGAAGAGUAUCGCCUCGGAUGAAGACAUACGCAAAAUGAAGCGUGAGUAUGCCGAAAAGCACAAGACGUACUUGGAGGAACUUAAAAAGAUCCGCAAAGAGGCGGAUACGCUGCGGGAGAAACACAACACACUGGAACGCAUUAAGGUCUCGCUGAACCAUUUGAAACGCCAACAUGAAGUGAAACGGCACGGAUUGGACAACUUGAUGAAGACAGAGAACGUUCAGUCACGUGAGGUUCAACGCAUUGAGGAACAGUUGCAGCAGCAGAAGGCAAUUCUAAUGGCAUUUGAUGAGCGGUGCAAGAAGGAAGACGAGGAACACACGACACUAAGCGGGUCGCUAACUGCGGAGCAGCUGUCAGAGUAUCGUCAGCUUCGCAAAGAGGCGGAGUGCGAAACCGUGGUGCUAAGACAACAAAUGGAGAGAAUCAGGCGGCAACAGCAUUCAUUGGUCGAGGGUCAGAAACAAUGCACAAUAGCCAUUGAGAAUGUCAGGUCUCAAAAACAGGAACUUCAACAAGGAGUGCAACGAAGCAACGAGCGUGUGGCUGAGCUAAAAAACCGCAUGAACGAUCUUCAGGACACAGUUCAGGAGCUUACAAGCAACAUAAGCCAAAAACGGGCGGACCUUUCCCAGAAAGAGAAAAGGAAUAGAGAACGGGAGGUGGAGCUGGCGAGGAUUCAGGAGCAGCUGCAUGAACUUCGUUUUAUUAAGGAAAAUGACAAACAUGGGUCGAGAAUGGCCGGAGCAUUGCAGGCGUUACGUGCUCUUUAUGGCGUUCGUGGACGCCUCGUGGAUCUUUGCACUAUUCCCAAUGAUAAAUAUCGACAUGCGGUGACAGUGGCGUUGGGCAAGAACCUUGAAGCGGUUGUUGUGGAUACCACGGAAACGGCCAUUUCCUGUGUGCGUUACCUAAAGGAGCAGCGCCUGCCACCCAUGACAUUUCUUCCUCUGGAUUCGGUGAAGGGUAAGGAGGUGAAUGACCGCCUGAGGACGUUUGGUGGGACCUGUAAGCCUGUAGUGGAUGUGAUUCGUUAUGACACGGCAAUUGAGACAGCAGUGCAGUAUGCAUUGGGACAGACACUUGUGUGCAAUGGAAUGGCGGAGGCGAAACAUGUUGCAUACGGCAGCGAGGAUGGGGAGCGCUUUAAGGUGGUGACUGUGGACGGUUCUGUUCUUAUGCGGAAUGGUGCGGUUCAGGGAGGUCUUGCGUCGAUCCAGUCCCGUGCACGGAAGUGGGACGAGAAAAAGUAUGAGGAUCUGCGUGCGGCACGGGAUCGGUUGCUUAAUGAUGCGGCCGGGGGAUCUGAGGCAGAAAUGGCACGGACGCAAUGCGAACUCCGGGACAUGGAGGCACGAUUGGAGUUUACACAUGGUCGCAUCAAAGUGAUUGCGGCAGAGUUGCAGGCAACAGAGCAAAAGGUUUCCAACAUGAAUCGAGAGAUGAAAAAUCAGGAAAAUGAGGAGCGUACGAUUGAAAAACGUCACUCCACUUAUGAAUCCGAGCUUAGACGAUGUCUGCAUGAAUUGCAAGAGAAGCACGGGUCUAUCAUGCAGGUGGAAGAACGCAUCUUUUCUGAAUUUCAGCGACGGGUAAACAUUCCAAAUAUAUUGGAGCUUGAGAGUCAUGAGGCCCAAAUAUUGAGGGAAAGGGCAGAAAAACGGCAGCAGAUGCAGCUGCUGGUUCACAAGCUGGAAAUUUCCCUGGAGGCAGAGCAUAAGCGAAUCGGCAUGCAAUCCAUCGAGGAUCUCCGAGGGGCUUGUGUGCGUCUUGAAGAAGAAAUUCAGCAAUGCGAACGGGACCUGGCGGCAUACAGCGAAAUUGUAAAGACCGCAGAAAAGAAGCAGAGUCAGUCAAGAGAUAGCGUCAGUGAGGCAAAAGUGCAGCUCGACUUGCUAGAGGCCGAUAUUCGUCAACAAAGUCGUACCUCCGAGCAAGAACUUGGCAAGUUGGCACAGGCGCGAAGAGGGGUUACGGCUCUUCAAGCCGCUUGCGAUACACUUCGCCUGCAGCGCAUGAACAUUUUGCGGCGAUGUCAGAUGGAAGAAAUUGUGUUGCCGCUCAAACCCGUUGAGGCCCGCGGUGUCAAACGGUCACGGGCGGCAGAGAGCGGCGCUUUGACUCAGAGUGAGCCAUUUGUCUUGCCGGAGGACGCUCCAGCUGCUGCACCAACCAAACAAUCUCAACCCUCUCAACCUCAUCGGUCCGUGGCGACAAGGGAGGCACAGGUCGUGGUGGACUUCUCAGACCUUCCAGAGCCUCUAAAGGAGGCGGCAUCUGACAGGACACACCUUGCGGCUUACAAGCAACGCACAGAAACCCUACUGGAAAACUUACAGCGCGCUGCCGAGUCUCUUGCUCCCAAUCUGAAGGCGGCAUCGCGGUUUGCUGGAUCAGAGGAUAGGUUGGGCUCUUCCUCCGCUCAUCUUGAGGAAGCACGUGAAAAGGUCAACAAGGCGUACUCGGAGUUUUCGAAGGUCAAGGAGCUCCGCACACAGCGUUUCAUGGAAACGUUUGAAAAAAUUGCGGAAAAUGUGGACCGUGUAUACCGCGAGCUCACCCUGAGUACUCGCGCGCACGCUGUGCACGGUUCCGCGUACUUGAGUCUGGAGAAUGUGGAGGAGCCGUACCUGGCGGGGACGAGGUACCACGCGACACCACCACUAAAGCGAUACAUGCCAAUGGAGCUCCUUUCCGGUGGGGAACGCUCCAUGGCAGCUCUCGCACUCUUGUUUGCCGUUCAUGCAGUUUCACCAACACCAUUUUUUGUUUUGGAUGAAGUUGAUGCCGCUUUGGAUGCUGGAAAUGUCGAGAAGUUGGCCAACUACAUGCGGAAGAAUUGCAACACGACACAGUUUAUCGUCAUCUCGCUGAAGGACCAGCUCUAUCACGUUGCAGAUUUGCUUGUUGGGGUGCUGAAGAACAAACAGAAGGAAACUUCUUCCAUCCUGACAAUGGACCUUCGCGGAUACCCCUUUUGA